AUGAACGACCCCGGGCUCGAUGAGCCGGCGCAAGAAGCCGCCCAGGAUGUCGAAAAUAAAAUACAGGCCGAAGAUGAGCAAGCUGAACGCGAGGAACGGGAGUAUCUUGAUCCAAUAAACAGUCGAUGGUGGUUUGCAUCUACAGCAAGUCCACUCAUAGCGGGAACCUUUGGUCCAAUUGCAAACGGCAUGUCCAUCUGCGCCCUGGUUGAAAAGUGGCGCGUAUACAUCCCACCUGGCAGCGACGAGGCCCACGGAACCAAAAUCGCAGAUCCGAAAUGGCUCAUUGCGGUGAACUCGGUAUCCCUCGUUUUUGCCCUAUCGGCAAAUGCUAGUCUACUGCUCAACAUGUCGAGAAGACUCAAAUUCGCUAUUGCGCAACCCAUUACCAUCAUUGGGUUUUACAUGGCUAGCUUCCUGCUCAUAGCGCUGGUUGGAGUGGCUUCGUCGUCGGUCUUUCGUAUUCAGCCUAUGCAACAACAUGCGCUGAGUCAGGCUUUUUACUAUGCGAUUAUGGCGGCUGGAGUUUACUUUAUCAUCGCGUCUUUGAUGAUGUUUACGGCUUUUGGAGCGUACACUGGGCAUUAUGAUCGCGAGUUCCGGCUCACAGCUAGUCAGCGGACGCUGAUGCUACAGACCAUUGCCUUUGUGUGUUAUCUCCUCAUAGGAGCUCUAAUAUUUUCUUACGUGGAAAACUGGGCGUUUUUGGACGCAGUCUUCUGGGCUAAUUUCACACUGCUUACUAUGGGAUUCGGCGGAGAGUUUGUGCCAAAAACGCACACGGGCCGCUCUUUGUUGAUUCCAUACGCCAUUGGAGGGCUAGUAACGGUCGGUCUGGUAAUCGGAUCCAUUAGGUCACUUGUGCUCGAGCAUGGGAAACAAAAGAUGACGGCUCGGUUCACAGAAGUCAAGAGACAGAAGGUACUGGAGUCGAUUGAUGAGGAAACGAAGACGAUACGUAUUUCGCUUUUCGAAAAAGUGAGGUUUUGCUCAAGGGGCUUGAAGGAAUCGCAAAGACGUGAGCAAGAGUUUCGCGUUAUGCGACGUGUGCAAGAAUUAUCUGAAAGGAAGAGAAGGUAUACUGCCUUGGCACUGUCAACAGCUGCGGCGUUAAUGCUCUGGUUCAUGGGAGCUCUGGUGUUCUGGUACUCAGAAGAACCACAAGGAUUCUCCUAUUUUGUCUCCCUCUACUACGCAUACGUGUCACUCCUGACGAUUGGUUACGGUGACUAUGUCGUUCAAAGCAAUGCCGGCAAGGCCUUCAUGGUAUUCUGGAGCUUGGUCGCGGUCCCUACCCUUACUAUUCUCAUCUCCAACAUGGGAGACACGGUCAUCAAAGCUUUCAAAGACUUCACGAUUUGGCUUGGCUCCCUCACUGUCUUACCCGAUGAAGAAGGCUUAAGUGCUGCACUCAAGGUUGGAUGGACAAGAAUCAAGAAGGGCAAGUGGGACAAGAAAGCCUACCAAGACGAUUCUGCAAGCGAACACAAGCAUUACACUCAAGACCGACUAACAACAUACGCCGAAGAAGCAGAGUUUGGAGACAAAGAAAGGGAAGCAAGCCAAUACGAUGACAAUCUUGAAUUAGACACCCACUUCUACCACUACGUCCUCGCAAAAGAAAUCCGCACCCUUAUAAAAGAUCUCGAGACAGAGCCAUCCAAGCAAUACGAAUACCACGAAUGGGAAUAUUACCUACACCUAAUCGGCCAGAGCGAAAGCGACGCCUCGAACCACCGGCGGCCCCACGCCCAUACCCACUACGACGACGGCGAAGCCCCCGAUAUCGGGUCUGCAGGCGAUAGCAAGCAGCAGCGCUGGAGCUGGCUUGGCCUCCGUAGUCCGCUCAUGGGCAACGUGUCCGAGCCGCAGUGGCUGCUUCAGAGAUUGACUACGACGCUUGAGAGGGCGAUGCUUAGGAUAAGUCUGGGGGAUAGUAAGGCUAAGAGGGCGAGACCACCUGUUUCGUUGCGAGAAUUAAGAGGUUCGGGUAGGGGGAAGGUUUCGCAGGAGACAAAGGGAAAUAUGAGGGUUGAGGGGCGGGGAGGAGAGAAGGAUUCUGCGCAUUGA